ACUUAUUCAUUAAACUCCGCCCUCUUUCAAAAGAAACUGUGCAUUUCCUACUUUUAUGCUUUCUGUGUGUUUGAUUUGCACAGCUCAGCUGGCCAGAGGAGCUAAGACAUCCGUUUCCCUACAAGAAACUCUCCCCGGGCUGAGCAAGAUGGACUAUGAAGUGUCAAGUCCACUCUAUGACAUUGAUUAUGGUCUGUCAGAGCCCUGCCAAAAAAUCGACGUGAAGCGGAUCGCAGCCCAGCUCCUGCCCCCGCUCUACUCGCUGGUGUUCAUCUUCGGGCUUGUGGGCAACAUGCUGGUCGUCCUCACCCUGAUAAACUGCAAAAAGCUCAAGAGCAUGACUGACAUCUACCUGCUCAACCUGGCCAUCUCUGACCUGCUCUUCCUGCUCACUGUCCCAUUCUGGGCGCACUAUGCUGCAGCCCAGUGGGACUUUGGAAAUACCAUGUGUCAGCUUUUGACAGGGUUCUAUUUUAUAGGCUUCUUCUCUGGAGUUUUCUUCAUCAUCCUCCUGACAAUCGAUAGGUACCUGGCUAUCGUCCACGCUGUGUUCGCUUUAAAAGCCAGGACGGUCACCUUUGGGGUAGUGACAAGUGGGGUGACCUGGAUAGUGGCUGUGUUAGCCUCUCUCCCAGGAAUCAUCUUUACCAGAUCUCAAAAAGAAGGUCUUCGGUACACAUGCAGCCUUCAUUUUCCACACAGUCAGUAUCAAUUCUGGAAGAACUUUCAGACAUUAAAGAUGCUCGUCUUGGGCCUGGUCCUGCCACUGCUCGUCAUGGUCAUCUGCUACUCAGGAAUCCUGAAAACCCUGCUUCGGUGUCGAAACGAGAAGAAGAGGCACAAGGCUGUGAGGCUCAUCUUCGCCAUCAUGAUUGUGUACUUCCUCUUCUGGGCCCCCUACAACAUCGUCCUUUUGCUGAACACCUUCCCAGAAUUCUUUGGCCUGAAUGACUGCAGUAGUUCUAACGGGCUGGACCAAGCCAUGCAGGUGACGGAGACGCUCGGGAUGACACACUGCUGCAUCAACCCUGUCGUCUAUGCCUUUGUCGGGGAGAAGUUCAGAAAGUAUAUCUUAGACUUCUUCCACAAGCACAUCGCCAAACCCUUCUGCAAGUGCUGUCCAGUCUUCCAGAGAGAGGUCCCUGAGCGAGGAAGCUCAGUUUAUACCCGAUCCACUGGGGAGCAGGAAAUAUCUGUGGGCUUGUGACCUGGACUCAAGGUGGCUUAUGACUUGUACCCAGUUGUGCACAUGACUCAGUUUUUACACACAUCCUGGGGUGGAAGAGGAUCUUUUAAAAAGGAAGUUUACUGUCAUAGAGGGUCUAAGAUUCAUCCAUCUAUUUGGCAACUGAGUUAAGUAUAUUAGAUCUUUUAAGUCCAUCAAGUCUAGAAAGUCAAAUCAAAAUAUGUUGAUGAAAUAGUAACCUUUUCAUCUCCCCUCCACCUACAAGUUAUUGGCAAACUAUUGGCAAACAUCAAGUUAUUGGCAAACUCUCCCUUCACUGCAAAAGUUCACUAUAUAAAAAAAAAAA